AUACGACGACGUAUCAACUUAAAAACUGUGUUGAACUUGAUUUGGUUUCUGCGAUUGUUCCGAAUGGUGUGUGUCUGUGUGUGAAGAAGACAUGGGGGUAUCUUUUGCAGGGUUUCGAAAUUCGUUGCCAUUUUCUGGGCUAGUUAGACAGCUUGAGCAAGAGAUGGAAACUGUGAUUAAGGUGCUGCAGCCUGGACCUUUGGGAAUCAUAGAGCAUAAGUUUUCUGCUGACGAGAUUUGCAGGGCUAAUGCUACAGUCGCUAAAGCAGUAGCUAAUUGGCGAAGAAAUGCAAUCCGUGAGGACAAUAAUCAUAUUUUGAAAGACUAUAUACACAAGAAGUGAAGGUUACAAGUUAGAACAUUUUGGCAAACCAUUUUGAUGAAACUUCUAUUUUUAGAUCUUCCAUAAUGAAUUCAGUUCUGCCCCCAAAUUUUUAAUCGGAGGUCAACAUUGCCUUCUCUAAUCAUUUGUGGAUCACUGAAUUGUGAUGAGAUGCUGUGCCUAUUUGUUUAGAUGUGUGAGCAUUUAGAUGUUUAAUGUUGUAAAUGCUUAUUAUUGAUGAUAAGUUUGCGUAACACCAGUUAAUGAUAUGGAUUUAAUUCAUUUAUAUUAUUGUGUAAAGAGUUUUUACUUUUUACACUAUCAGAACUGUUGUAUCUUUA